AUGAAAUCUGUAUCUCAAACAGAAGCUCAAGCUGUCAAAAUCAGGCCUAAGCAUCGACAGCGAACUGAAACUGAAGUUCAAUCAGGUAAAACCAAGCUGAAGCUUGGACAGGGAAACUCAGACAUGGAAGCUCAAACUCUAAUAGAAGCUAUAGCUGGUAAAACUGAAGCUCGGACAGGGAAAUAUUGGCCCAAAAUCAAUAGUUUGGAAUUUGCCCUCGUUUUGUUCGACACACUGGAUAGACCCACAUGGUUUAUCUUGUCGAGACUUUUCUUCGAAUGCUACCAAGUUAUGUUUGGCUUGCUCUUUACGAUAUACUUUAACUUUUUCUGCAUAAUAUUCAUAAUCGGUUUCAUAAAAAUUAAAAAUAUACUGAACGCCAUCAGAGAUAACGCUAUCGAAGAACGCAGUCACUCGCCCAUAAAACUGUUGUUAGCGGCAUCACGAAUGUACGAGGACAUAUUUUAUGGAAUCGAAGGCUUCAAUCGAAUGGUUUCUGUCCCUCUAUUGACGAUGGUGGUUACUAAUACAUUUGACUCUUUGGUCAUUAUAACUAUUAUUUAUAAUGGGGAACAAAAUAAAAUGGAUUAUUUACAUCUAGGCGCCAUUGGAAUGUUUUAUGUAAUGGUCAUUUUAUCCGCAGUAGCAGUUACACAGUUGAGCGAACAAUUAUGUGAUAUAUUAGGCGAGUGCAAUAUCUGUUAUACAGAUACAGAAAUGUCACUGGCAAAAAAUACCUUCUUACUGCAGCUAUGCCAUCAGAAAAUUAACUUCUCUAUUUGCAAAAUGAUGCCACUAACAAUGGACGCAUUAGUUAACAUAUUUACAUUCGGCACGACAAUUGUUAUAUUUUUGUUCCAGCUGGCAAAUACCUGGUAAAACUGAAAUAGUAUACAAAACAUUUGAGUUUAUUUCUACACCAUAGUUUUACCUAAUAGAUGUUAUCACUUAGGUUUUAUUAUUUAAGUCUUCAAGCAAGUAGACAAUAAAAAAUGUUUUUCAACUACAACUAUAAUU